UACGAUUACACACUCCUCAUAAACUAACCACAGUAAAGUAAUACCCUAGAAAUGCACCAGCUCUAUAAACCACAGCCCAAUGAGGGACCCAGACAGCCGUUAAACCCCAAAGGCUCCAGGGUUGCAUUGCUUGCUUCCCUAGUUCAAUUCGCCAUUCUCAAAAAAUAAAAAGCCAGCACCAACCAACCACAAAUAAUAAUUAAACAAAAAAAGAAACACCAUACAUAUAUCUGGUCCUUCUCUAACCACAACCACCAUCAUCAUAAACAAACACACUCCCCACGCGGCGAUCCACUGAAACUCCGUUUUCGAUUUACCCGCUUCCAGAUUCGUGCAAGAACAAUGGCCACCCGCCGCUCCGCCGCCGCCGCCGUCGCCACGAAGAACGACGAUGUUAGCGCUCCAGUUGUAGCGGCGCAAUCAUCAGCAGCAGCAGCAGACACCAAGAACGGAUAUCCUUCACCCGUCAUCAUCAAACUCAUUCUAGUUACGAUAGCAAUGAUCUGCGCGCCGCUGGGCACGUAUUACGGCACACUGAAUACGAUCUGUGGAGGAGACUCCACAUACGCCGGCGGCCUCGCCGCCAUCUCAGUAAACGUCGUUCUGAUCAUCUAUCUCAUCAUCGCUGCGCGUGAGGAUACGGGUGAGAGCGAGGAGGAGGAGAGGGAGAAGAGGGAGCGGAAGGAGGAGUAGAGUGAAAGAUACUUGUCAGAUUUGUUUGUUUUUUUUUUGUAUGUAUGUUAUGUGUGUAUGUGUGUCAGUGAGUUCCUGUUGGUAAUAUAAUGAGUAGUUGAUUCAUAUUAAUUAUCUAGCAGCUAUGUGUGUGUAUUGCAUUCAGUGAAUAUCUCUAAAUUAUAUACGCUGUAAGAUAAAAGAUAGCAGCUGUGAUUGAACUUUUUAUAGAUAUCUCAGAGAAUUCAAUAUGCGAUUCUCUAUUUAAUUAUAUCACUGAAGUAGAAAGAAACUCUUC